CAAGCACCAAGGAGGAGAGCCCAUUCGCGCUACAGCAACCAGUUAUCGCGCUAAAUCCCAUUGAAAUGUUACGGUUUGUGAAGGCAACGAAGAUAUACCAUGCGGGUAUGCAGGGGAAUAUACACCAACGCAGGUGGGACAGUGUCAGUCCUGGGCCAGGUAGCAGUCGCAGUCGCAGUCGCAGUCGCCGUGGUAAAAACAGCUACAGCAGCGGCAGGAGGACGCGAUACACUUACGCAUAUGAGAGCAGCAAGAGUCGGAGUCGCGAUCGCGGUCGCGGUCGCGGUCACAGUCGCAGUGGUAGCCACAGCUGCAGCAGUCAUGACCGCAGUUACCGCCGCAGAUACAACCACUAUUUCAGCCCCAGUUACAGCGUUCGCAGCCAUUGUCGUUGCAGCGAGGACGGCCAAAGCAACAGAGUCUAUGGGAAAGGCCACCACAGUCGCAGGCACAGUCAUAAGCACAACCACAAGCACAAACACAGCCAUGAGCAUGGCCAUAAGCACAGACACAAGGAGGAAUUUGGCUAUCAUACCGAACGCAGGAAGAGACACAGCGAGGAAGACAAACCCAACCAUGAAGCCAAACACGGCCAUAAAAUCAAGCACAGCCGGAAAGGCAACAACAACAACAAAGACGACAGAACGAAAGUGAAAGACAAACUCAAGUACCCUCUCCUACUAUCCGAUCUCACCGGCUCUCAACUCGAUGCUCUAAUCGACGUUCUCUCCAUCGACAGCGACAAGGACCAGAAACACAACCGCUUCUUGGGCCAAUAUCGCACAUGCGAAACCCAUCAGAAAAUCAACACUGCCAUCUGCCACCUCCCCUGGCAGCUAUACCGCAAUCCGGUCUUGCGCCUGAUUCCCAAACGGCUGGCCAAGCCAGCGACGCUCUGCAAAUCGCACAAACGGCUCAACCCGUUCGUGAUCAACGACGCGUUCUUGCUCCUCAAAAACGAAGUCACCUUCAACAACGCCAUAUUGGAAUGGUUUGUCGAUUACCUGGAUCGCAAUGUCUUGGCUCUACUGCGCUCGCUGCAGACGUUUGAGGGCAUGUGGCGGAAGCAAGAGAAGGGGGAGUCCCAUUUUCCGCCGAUUGGGGCGCUGCCUUUCCAGGUAAAUAGGUGUGAGGCGUGUAUGCUGGCUCGGAUCGUUACGGACCCUUCUGCGCUCCAUAAUUUGCGGGUCUCGUUGGUGAGUCGACAUGAGACAAGGGGCCGGCAUCGUCUGAGGAGGAUGUAUCCCUUUGUUGAGGCGGGAAUCAGCUGCUUCGAGGAUCAGGCAUAUGAGCUCCUGUUGAGCAGCUCGAAAAUGGCGCGUACGGUGAAGAUCACCAGGCAAAAAGCGUUUAGCCUUGCAAGGGCACAGGCAAAGGAGCAAACGGCUGACGCAGAAGAUAAACGUUAUAUCAGAAGUUGCGUAGGUGGCGACAGCAGUGGCAGUGGCAAUGAUGCUGGCAAUGGUAGUGGAAGUGGCAGCGGUCAUAUCGGGGAGACGGUACAGGUAUAUAUGGGGAGUGAGAGGGAGGCAACAGCGCAGGAGGGUGGUGAGCCAGAUUGGAGCGAGGAGUAUGACACCAUUGCCAAUUGGAGUGAGGGUUAUGACACCAUUGCCGAUGGGAUCGUUGCCAAGUACGCGUCCUGGAGUCAGGGCACUAUCUCGAAUGGCCCACGGUCGGUAUCGUCCAGCAGGACAGCAAUCGCUCGUCCGUUCAGCAUCCGAGCAAACAGUAAUCAUGCGAGGUCGGAUGGGCAGCAGGAGGAUUCGUGGUCUGCCGAUGAUGAAGAUGCCGAUUCGCGUAACAACCGGCUACUGACCAUCCACGAGAUAGAAAACCUGGAAGACUUGACAUCUGACUUAACCGAUCUCGUAAGUCACAUGGAGGACAUUCUUCGCAUAGAUCCGGACACCGAGGAAGAGGACCCGGAUCAAUUUGAGUAUGAGGAGAACUCGGAACAAUUUGAGUACGACGACAAUCCGGAACACUUUGAACACGACAUCGAGGAAGAAGCUUUGGAUGAAGAUGGCUUCCCCCGAGGUCGAUCGACGAUUAUGACUUUCCCCGAAACCGAACCCGAGGGAGGAAGGGUAGAGGAUCCGGGAGCGUAUGGGAGGUAUUCGUCGCCGAUUUGAUCUUGCCACUGCAGGCGUAAUUUGGCAUUCGCGCUCAGUUCUUGGAAAGUAGCCUUUUAUAGUUCAUACAUCCGUAUAAUAGAAUCUGAUUUCAUGUGUGUUUUUAAGACGCGCCUCCUACUUGACCUGUAGGUCAUUCAAUGACAUAAGACAUGACAGAACAGCUGAGAUGGCAUUUCAUAUAAAUCAGUUGGAAAGCGGGUUGAGAGGGAUAGGAUUGUAGGAAAGAAUGGUAGUCAUCAUUUCUCCAAUUUCACGGCCAUGAGAGGGGUCUGAUUUAACAGUGAACCCGAGCAAGAGGUAAGACAUUGUACAAGAAUUAGGCACUCAUCGACCCAGAAGUAUUAUUACAUAUAAGGAU